AUGUCAAAAUGCUUUGUAUUUACCAGAUCAGUGUUUCAAAAACAACGUGAAACGGACCAAGUAUCAAGUAUUUCUCAUAUUUUUGAUCUAAUGUUUGAUCAUCAUCAUGAUUCCAACCCAACCUCAGAUAUUAGUCAUGUUUACACAGACAAUGCUUAUGUGUCCAUACUUGUCAACCUUCGUCGACAAAAGGAUAAAAAUAUAUUUCUUAUCUUGUUUCAAUUGUUUCAAACUUAUCUAGGAAUUGAUGCAAUUGUACGCCAAAACACCAUUCAAUUGAUGGCCCAUACUGUAUUCCAAUUCAUUUGUCUUUUGUUUAGUUUACUGCAAUUUGUAGAGACACGAAAAUGGAAAUCAGAAGUGUCUAGUAUUGAUGAUACGAUAGAUCAAUCUGGAUUCACACAAAUAAUAUAUUAUGAAAUUGGGCAGAUUGUGUACAUGGCCAUCUUUACUCUUCUUCUUGUAUUUUUAGUCAAGAGACUCUUGGGACAGUCUACAAUUGUCUUGGCAAGCUUUGUCCUGAGAAACUUUGGCAAGGGAUUGAAACCCCACAUAAAACGGCUAUCAGACAAGGACCACAGUUAUAUGAUGAAUAGAAGAGCCUUGGCCAACGAAACGUACGCAAGUAGCGAUUCGUGGGUUAUUGACCAAGACUCUAUCGAUUCUAGACAAACCAAGGCACCACCUUCUAUUUCAUUUCAUUAA